GGAGGAUUGAUCGAGAGGGUGAUGGAUUUCAAGAUACUUCUCAUUUAAUUUGACCAGCCUGUCGAGAUUCAUUCGCUUUCUCGUCAAGCUCGCAGGGACGAUGCUUUGGCCAGAACGACCAGGAUUGGCAUUCAUUCUGAUUGUCUCUCUUGUAUUAAUUUGGACUUUUGGUUUCCAGGUCCACGAUGAAGCUGUCUUCUUGCUAUACGGGGAACCCCCAGAAGACCAACCAGAAAGAGAUUUCUUGGAUGUAGCCAUGAAAGUCGAAUUCCCAGCGCCCAUAAACUAUGCACCCAUCCAAGAAAUCUGUGCUCGCACAACUUUUCGCCCUGGUCUUUUAUUCAGUUGCGAAGGACAACACGGCGGGGUCGGGAUGCUUCGAAAUCAAAUUCUCAAAUGCAUACGAUAUGCCAUUCAUGCAGGGGCGGCACUGGUUGUACCAACAAUAGCGUUACGAAAUGCUAAGGAGUUGUGGGAUAUUGAGACAAAGACUGAGAUGGGGCUGGAAUAUCUCUUUGAUCGUGAGGCUUUUGAUACGCAUCUGCUGAAUGGAUGCCCUGGAAUGCGCAUCUAUGAGCGGGCGGAAGAUUUCCCCUUCUACGAGCAGCGGGUGCGUACUGGGGAGCCUUUGACUUUGAUUGGCAGCCAAUUCGAGCUAGAUUAUCCACGAGAAGGAUUAAGGCACCCCCGCGAAUGGCGACACUUCUUCGACUGGUGGUUAGACGGACGAUCGAUCUCCAUCCAAACAGAAGCCCCAGUACACAUCCACAUGGGCCAAUCCUUCCUCGAGUAUCCCGUUAUCGACGACGGGGAAGCUUUCGUCCAUGAGUUCGGCAAGAUACUAUCGUUCCGGAGUGACACGCGGGCUCUUGCGGCCAAGAUCCUCUGGGAAUUGAUGGAGACGUUCGACAUUGAGAUUGACCCCACUCAAGCUAUCAAUUCGAAUACUUUUUACGGGGCGCAUUUGCGAUUAGAGCAGGAUGCUCUAUGGGCCUGGCCACCGGAAGAAGGAUGGGUAUUCGGGGCAAUGAACACACAAUUUGAUGAGCAGUUCAAGAAUUUGCAGCGUACCGGUCUUGAAGUCGUGUAUGUGGCUUCGGGAAACCGAACCGUGGUGGAUGUGUUUGCCGAGAGCGCAAGGAUGAGAAACAUGCCUAUUUCGGUGGUAACAAAGGAAGAUUUGCUCACAGGAGAUGAUCGCCGAAUGCUCGAUAAUAUGACGUUCGACCAACGGGGUUUGGUCGACUUUUUGGUUAUGUUUAAAGCGAGCGCAUUUAUGGGUGUUGCUCAUUCUAGCUUCCCGUGGACAGUGGCGUUGCGGAGGCAUGAGCUUAGUAGGUAUAAGGGCAUUGCGAAUGAAGGCUCAGAUUUGAUGAGAGAUGAGUAUAGCAUCAUAAUGGGUAUGACAGCUGAUUACCCUUAUGUUGACCCUUUUGUAUAUAGUAUCUGGCCAUGA